AGCCGGAGUCGCCACGCGUGCACUUGUGCCUCGGAUUUCUGCCUCCACGCCGGCUGAACUCCCUUCGCCGUGGAGCUUUCACGUCGAGCUCUCGUUCGAGAUCCACAUGCUGACGUUUCAUCCUUGACAUGAUUAUGCUUGUUCACAGCUUGCAUCUCUCAAGCGAAAGCUUGCUGUCAACGUGAUGCAGCCGUCAAAGAUAUGUGCUCAAACUAAAGCCAUCCUGGGGCUUGCUUCCUUCCUAUGGACGCCGCUUCCGCCAAAGCCUUUCGAAGCACCGCAGGAUGUUGGGGAUGCAAGCUAAAACGGAAGAAGUGUGACGAGCGGCAUCCGACCUGUGAGGCGUGCACGUUACUGGAAAUCACCUGUCACUAUGGCCCGGACAGGCCGCAAUGGCUCGACGGCGGCGUCAAGCAGGGGAAUAUGCUGCUGAGCGUGAAACGGGAAGUCCGGCAAAAUGCUCCAUACCGUCUGGUCAAGCGUAAGAAUGAGGUUGCACCCACUCUGCCCGCUGUGAAUCACACUGAGCCGGCCGCGACCAAACGUACGGCAACAAGUCCCGGUCACCGUCCUGCAACUUGCAGGCUUGCGUACAAGGAUGCCGGUGCAGAGGAAGGGUUCGAACAACCAGACACCAUGCUUCUCAUGUUCUACCUCGAGCACGUCUUCUCCUUCUUAUUCCCGUUCUACCGACCUCUGCCGACCGAUGGCGGGAAAGCGUGGGUGCUCGAUAUGAUACUGAAUAGGCCGGUGCUACGGCGCGCCGCUUUGUGCCAAAGUGCUUACUACUUCGCGGUCAUGAACGGCACAAGCGACGAUGUUGCAGUUGGGAAUGCAGUGCUGGCACGCAUGAGCUCCCGUUGGCGAGUUCCGAAGAAGCUGCUUUUCGAUUCUCCGCCGCUCUCUUACUGUUCGAUGACAUUAUUGCGAGCACGGCUACCCAAGCAGGACCGAGGCUGCAUGAGCUCCAUCGCGGGCUCCUUACGAGCAAGGAGCUCUGCCCCACCCAUAUGUUUGGAGAGUGUUGUGGGCUGUCACUACUUGAUCCUGCUCCAACUUGGCGACAUCUCUACCCUUGAUGCGUGGAAGAAGCGAGGGACCGAGGCCGGCAGCCUCGACGUGAUGGCGCUGGUGCAACGCGCUACUACAGCCAUCAAAUCUUCGUUACUCACCCAGCUCAUGCGGUUGGGGGCCGAGCGCGGAGUGCUGAAUGUUUCCCUUGCUUCCAUCCUCCUAUCUCCGUCGCUUAACGCCGUCGGACAAUCACGCGUGACGUACGUAGAAUGAGAGAUGACGGCUCUUAAAGUUUAGAUGGACCCACAAGCCGCGCGCGAGGAGUUGCGCGCCAGCAUGUGAGCAUGUGUUGCACGUCCGUUCGUCUCUACAAGCAUCGCUGCUAUGCUUGACCUACAUCCAUUGACGUUCACGUGUUCCUGCGCGAUACCUGUUCGCUAGGCACGAUUUCUGUCGACUCUGGGUGAGUCGUUGACGAGAAGGCCUAGCCUUGCGCUGCUGUCUUCUGCGUUUCCUUCCUCUGUCCCGUCCUUAGCCUUGCACACCGAGGAGACGCACUUUUGGCCUCUGCGA